AAAAAAAAAAAAAAAAAAGCAAUAAUAGUCGCGUCCACUCACUCCCCCACGCCAUGCUCUACGCCUUUGGCUCCAAUGGCUCCGGUCAGUUGGGCAUCGGCCAUGAGGAGGACGUGUCGGUCCCGACUGAAGUCCACGUGCAAGAGGACUCGACAAUCGUGCAGCCGCAUCGCAUUGCGGCCGGAGGCAACCACACGCUUGUGCUGACCGCCGACAACCGCAUGUUUGCAACUGGCGACGACAGCAACGGCCGCUGCGCCACCGGCGCCGUGGUGCAGAGCUCUACCCAGUUCCGGCCCGGCUCGCUCAACGCCGGCGUGCUGCCAGAGCCCAUCAUCUAUCUUUGUGCUUGCACGUGGGAGGCCUCUACCUUUGUUUCGGGCGACGAUGUCUUCACCUGCGGCACUGGGGACAAGGGAGAGCUGGGCCAGGGUGGCCACCUGACACACUCGACACAACCCAGAAUCAUCAUCGACUUUCCCCCAGAGGGCACGCGUAUUGUCGACAUGGCAGCUUGCAUGGACCACACCGUCGUCGUGCUUGACAACGGCGAGGUCUACGGCUGGGGCAACGGCCGCAAAGGGCAGCUGGGUGAGCCCGUGGCCAACGUCUGGAAUCCGCGGAAGAUUACUGAAGUCUCGUUCCAUGCUCACCGCGUAGCUUGCGGGCGGGAGUUCACGUACAUUGUGGGCGAUCCUGCUACUGGGGAGAGCUUAGUGCUUGGUUCAGACAAGUGGUCGAUAAAGAUACCGCCGGUAGAGAGCAUAGUGGACUGGGUGGACAUUGGGGCGAGUUGGAGCGGCAUCUAUGUACUGUUGAAGUCGGGCAAGAUUGUAGCGUGGGGCAGGAACGACCACGGGCAGUUGCCGGCAGAAGGACUGCCGGAGAUCGAGUUGAUGGCGGUGGGCAGCGAGCACGUUCUUGCCAAGACGAGAGAGGGCAAAGUCGUGGCCUGGGGCUGGAACGAGCACGGAAAUUGCGGGACAGCGACGGACAGCAAGUGGAAUGAAGUGCAAGUGAACGACGGGACGGUCAAGCUGCUGGCGGCGGGAUGCGCAACGAGUUUUGUCUGGACCGAGUAGAAUAGUUAGUAUUGUAUAUGUUGCGUUCCGUCCCGUGCGAAGCUUGGCGGGGGGGGCAGUGGGCAGGGGGUCAGC